UUCACACUAUGACCCUGUUCCAUUAAUCAAAAUGUCUUCUUCUGAGUUUAGGCUUCAUUAAUCCUUAAUCAGUUAAUCCCCAUCAAAUUUUCGCUACUGGCUGUCUUUCCAUUCCCCCUUUUCCUUCAUUGUUCCAUCUGGGUCCUUUGACCAAUGCGAAAUUUGUGAUCUUGAUCAAUGAUCACCUUUCAGUCACAAUUUUGAUGUUUAUUUAUUUAUGAGUCCCAGUGCAUGUAAUUUUUCGUGAGUUCACUGGAUUCUCCAUUUUGUGUAACAAUUUCCACUAUCCCCUUUUGAUAUGCCUCCGUUUUUCUAGAAGAUUCAACUGUUCUAGCUUGGAAGUUACAGUUUUUUUUGUUUAUUGCCACUAGGUUCUUUGUUGGUCACCGUGUAUAUUGAUAUUCUGCUUAUUGUACAAGGAAAAGAUUGAACCCCUUUUUUAAGUUUAAGCGCCAAUUUUCCACUUUUUGUGUUCAUAAUUGCCCUUGAGAGGAAAUUUGUGCAAAACCCAUAUAUUGGUUUGCACUUUGCAGUCUAUACAGCUUAUAGCAUGCAUAGUCUGUAGGCACAAUGUCAAUCCUUUGUGGCCUUCCUCUUGUGGAAUGCGUGUACUGUCUGGCUUGUGCGCGUUGGGCUUGGAAAAGAUGUCUUCAUACUGCAGGCCAUGACAGUGAGAAUUGGGGCUUUGCCACGGCAGAAGAAUUUGAGCCUAUACCUCGCCUUUGUCGCUACAUUUUAGCUGUGUACGAGGAUGAUCUUCGCCACCCCCUUUGGGCACCUCCUGGUGGCUAUGGAAUUAGCCCUGAUUUGUUACUUCUCAAAAAGACGUACGAAGAUACCCGUGGUAGGGCGCCACCCUAUGUACUGUAUCUUGAUCAUGAGCAUGAAGACAUAGUUCUUGCCAUCAGGGGUCUUAAUUUGGCAAAGGAGAGUGAUUAUGCGGUUUUGUUGGACAAUAAAUUGGGGAAGAAAAAGUAUGAUGGGGGGUAUGUUCACAAUGGGUUGUUGAAAGCUGCGGGAUGGGUUUUGGAUGCGGAAUGUGAAGUUUUGAGGGAGUUGGUGGCGAAGCAUCCAAAUUACACUCUGACUUUUGUUGGACAUUCCCUUGGAGCGGGUGUAGCAGCUAUGCUGACAAUGGUGGUGGUGCAGAAUCGAGAUAGAUUGGGAAAUAUUGAUAGGAAGAGGGUCAGGUGUUACGCCAUUGCACCUGCUAGGUGCAUGUCGCUGAAUUUGGCUGUCAGAUAUGCAGAUGUCAUCAACUCCGUUGUGCUGCAGUUGACCGCUCUUUACCUUGAUCAGGAUGACUUCUUACCAAGGACAGCCACUCCAUUGGAAGAUAUAUUCAAGUCUCUUUUCUGUUUGCCAUGCCUAUUGUGCUUGAGGUGCAUGAGGGAUACAUGUAUUCCAGAGGAGAAGAUGCUGAAAGAUCCAAGGAGACUCUAUGCACCUGGUCGCCUUUAUCACAUUGUUGAGAGGAAGCCUUUUAGAAUGGGAAGGUUCCCCCCAGUAGUGAGGACAGCAGUGCCAGUAGAUGGAAGGUUUGAGCAUAUAGUCCUUUCUUGUAAUGCCACAUCUGAUCAUGCCAUCAUUUGGAUAGAGAAAGAAGCCCAAAGGGCUCUGGAUUUGAUGCUGGAGAAAGAUGAAACCAUUGAAGCCCCUGCCAAGCAAAAGAUGGAGCGUCAGGAAACCCUAACCAGACACAAUGACGAAUAUAAAGCAGCAUUACAAAGGGCCAAAACAUUAGAUGUUCCACAUGCUUAUACACCGCCAUCAGAGUAUGGCACUUUCAAUGAUGAGGGAGAGGAGAACUCAACAAGAUCUCAAGGCGAGUCUUCUAAUAAAAGUUCAGUGGACGAAAGCUGGGAUGCGUUGAUUGAGCGUCAUUUCGAUAAGGAUGAACAUGGCCACACUGUGCUGAAGAAAGAAUGAUAGAAUAAGUCGUUUUUGCAGAAUUCGUUCAUUCUUGUUGUGUCUCUAAUUGUAAACCCAGAUGGAACUUGAAUUGGGGAAUGAUAAAUUUGUUAGAUGUUAAUGGGGAUCUGGAUUCAUGUGUAUAAUGAAAUAAAUACUCAAACAUGUAAAAAAUUAAGAUAGUGAAAGUUGAGAGUUUACAUAAAUUCAUGGAGGGUUUA